GUAAUUUUUUAUUUUUAUUUUAUUUUUUUUAUAUUUUGGUAACUUGGCCGGUUUGAGCUAUCGCAGCUAAAUUUUUGUCCGAGUCCAUAACUUCCGGUCCCCUCCGACCACUCUCUCUCUCUCCUAUGCUCUCUCUCUCAACACAGAACCCAUCCUCCACAAUUCCAUGCCAACCACGAUAUAUCUCCUCCUCAUAUUCUCUAUACUCGUUCCUUCACAUACCCAUGUUCAAUCCACAGACGAAUCAUUCAUAUCCAUUCUCAUAUCCCAAAAUGGUCUGGAUUUCAUCAAAGACUUGCUUAUAACCUACGCAAUUUCUUCUCUCACUUCUCUCCAAUUGCCCCAAAUUUCCAAAAAUGUUAAAAUCCCAGUUGUGGGUAGCGUUCACAUCGCCCUAUCCAACAUCACAAUCUAUGAAAUCAAUGUUUCUUCAUCCUAUGUUAAACCCGGCAACACCGGUGUUGCGAUCGUCGCAUCGGAUGCAAGGUGCAACUUGAGUAUGAAUUGGCGCUAUUCUUACCGUACUUGGCUUGUCCCCAUCGAGAUUACAGAUAAUGGGCACGCUUCUGUCGAGGUUGAAGGCAUGGAAGUUGGGCUUACUCUAAGAUUGGAGAACCAAGAAGGAGCUCUGAAGCUGUCCCUUCUGGAAUGCGGUUGUUAUGUGAAAGACAUCUCCUUUAUAUUGGAAGGAGGAGCGUCUUGGCUUUAUCAAGGAAUGUUCGAUGCUUUUGAAGGGCAAAUAAGGUCUGCAGUAGAAAAUGCUAUUACGAAGAAAGUUGCAGAAGGAGUCUCAAAGCUUGAUUCCUUAUUACAAGGUCUUCCAAAAGAACUCUCAGUGGAUGAUAUUGCCUCCUUAAAUGUCACUUUCAUGAAUAACCCUUCAUUGACUAAUUCUUCUAUUGGGUUUGAGAUCAAUGGAUUAUUCACCAAAACAAAGAAAGAUGCAUUUUCAAAUCACUACUACAAGAGUUCACAACCUUCAGUUUCUUGCAUGAAGCCAUCUAAAAUGCUUGGAAUUUCAUUAGAUGAGGCUGUUUUUAACUCUGCAUCAGCCCUGUACUUCAAUGCAGAUAUCAUGCAAUGGAUUGUGGAUGAAGUACCAGAGCAGUCUCUCUUAAACACUGCUGGAUGGAGAUUUAUUGUUCCCCAACUGUACAAGAAAUACCCGAAUGAUGAUAUGAAUAUGAAUAUUUCUCUAUCUUCUCCUCCCGGCAUAAGGAUUUCAUCACAUGAUAUCGACACUACUGUUUAUGCAGACUUGAUCAUUGAUGUUUUAGAAGCUGGUGAUGUAAUACCAGUUGUCUGUAUUUCAUUGGUAAUUCGUGCCUCUGGUUGGGUUAAAAUAUCAAGGAAUAACCUUGCUGGUGCUGUGAAGUUGAAUGAUUUCACUAUGUCACUGAAGUGGAGUAAAAUUGGUAACUUGCACAUGUCUCUAAUUCAGCCGGUGAUAUGGACCCUCAUCGAAACAGUGUUCUUGCCAUAUGCAAACUUACACCUCGCAAAAGGAUUCCCAUUGCCCAUCAUCCAUGGUUUUACCCUUCGGGAUGCUGAAAUAAUCUGUUCAAAUUCUAAAGUUACAGUUUGCAGUGAUGUUGCUUAUACGGAAUCAUACAGGCCUGGUCAGCUUCUGACUUACUGAUGUACAUUUGAUCUUAAGUUUUCAAGGUUGUAUUUGAAAAUAGUUGUAGGGAAGAACAUGCAACAAUGUCAUCUCAUGUAUAUUUUAUACAUGUAGGGUUCAUUUUUCACCCAUGUACAGUAUUGUUUCGUAUGUACGGUUUGGUUGCAAGCCUCACACCACUUGGAUGUGCAAUUUGUAUCAAGUCCUAUCAUGGUUAUAUAUAUAAGUUAUGUCUUGAAACUGAUAGUCUUUAUUCAAUUUUUAAAUAACAAAAAGAUUUGGUUUUAGGACCUAUUCAACUUUC